AUGGAUGGGUUGGCCGGAGCCCUGGGUUCCGUCAUCGGCUAUCUCGGAGCCGAAGUUGCCGAGAAAGAACUCCUUGAGCGGCUGCUUUGGCCUCAAAGGUUCUACAACGACUGCAAUAUCAAGACUCUGCUCAACCAGUUUCUCUUAAUGGGAAUGGGAGGCCCGCUGCAUCGAGCCGCUUUGGCAACCCUUGAUGACUUACGGGAUCAUGGCCUCUACCUUGGGCCUCGUCGUGGCGAUAUGCUGGGUACCGCUUUCUAUAGAGAUCUUCGCACAUUCAACUUCUGGAGAACGCAUGAAGAUAACUACGCUCAACCUAAGGAAUCACGCAACAUACUCUGGAUUGAAGUACUUGACACACCAAGUCCAAAUGGUGUUGUAAGAGUCGGAGAAGAACAUAUAACAGCCAGAGGGUUCUUGUUCGUUAUCGCCAGUGAAGGACUUGCGGUCGCCGUGGCCCUUAUUUCUAACAUUGAAUUUGGGUCUUGGUGGAUGUUCGCCUACUUUUGUACACCUCUGUUGCUCAAAUGUGCCUCCAUUUUAUGGAGCGUCCGGCGCGAAGGCUUGAUGUCGAUUGAACAAUUGAGCGAGAGAGGCGACGUCGACCAGCCUGAGAUCUUUGAGUUGGAGGAUAAGCAUCACGGCUUUAUGAUCAUCGAGGGACCGGCUCCGGUAAUCCAACAGUUCUUCGGGCACUACGGCCAUCCACGGCGCGAUGAAAAGCACAGGGGUCGGAUUUUGGCAGACCGUUGGAGAGAGGUUUUGUCGAUAGUCCUAGUGUACACCUUUGUCCUUUACUUUCCCGCUGGCUUACUCGCUCUUCUUUGGAUGAACCGGAACCAGCAAUAUCUUUGGCUUAGUUACCAGUUGUACGCAACUUUGGCAAUGCAUACCACUCGGGUCCUUGGGUGGAGUGGUUGCGGGAGGACGGAGAAACGGCUUGCUCGCUUACUAGAGCAAAAGAAAGAGGUAUGGCUUCAGAGCGCAGGGGGUUGCACUGUCGCGGCAACUCUGGACGUUACUGAAGUGCUUAAUAUGGCUGAAGGAAAUAGGAAGGUUAAGGAGCUUAUCCAGUUGCGCUCUUUACAGAAUGCAGAGGCAUAA